AUGGAAAUCAGAGUGGUUGGGCGCAAACGUUCUCACAAGUAUUCUUACAACUUGAGGUCAGAUCACCGACCACCAGACAAGGGCAUUAAAUGUGUUCCCAGGGCCAAGGGGCAGAACCCACGAUCAGGGCGGUGGCCGAGAUUUACCGGGGUCACACCACCAUGCUUCACGAUCCCAAAUGCCGAUUUGACUACCCACUUGCCCCGAUCAGGCUCUACCACGCAGAUAUUUUCAGCCUCGAUUGUCCUUCCAGGACUUCUCCUAUAA